UGGGAGACGCCUGGGCUGUGGGCGUUGGUGACCUGGGCGAACAGCUCACUGUCUGUCCUUCUUCCCGUCAUCAUGUCCCCUGUAGUCUGUGCUCCAGGUAAACAGUGCUCCUGUGUGUCAGCUUCCGCUUGGCAAGCCUGGCUGUGUCUGGCUGCUGAGAGGCGUGGCCCUCGAGAGGCUGGGGUAUUCCAGGGCGAGGGGCUGCUGCAGGCCCCAGGGAGAGAGAGCCAGUGAGGCUGGGGGCUGCUCCCACCCCAGCCUUCCCUGUCCAGCUGCUGCUGUGGGCACACACCCCAGGCGCGCCGGUGGGGCCCGCCCCUCACGACAGCGUUUUCCUUACCUGCCCCUCAGAGAACAGGGGGCCUGUGCCUUGGUUCCGGGAGGCUGCGAGGCUGCCUGGGCCUUGGCGGGUCUGUGCUCUCUUCCCCUCUGUCUCUUCUCUGAUGGGCCCAGUGGAGGCCCCAGGACCCAGUCUGCAUCCAAGAGUGCUGCUGGCCGUGCAGGGAGCGGGGGUCUGAUCUCGGGGCCCCCGGUGGACCUAAUCUAGCUUGGCUUAGAGCCCCCAGAGGAAAACUCGGGCUCUGAGCGUCCCUCUGGUUUCUGUGGGGUUUCAAGAGUUGUCAGGAGCUGGGGGGCUCAGGACUGACGUCAGGAACUAGGGAAUCAGGCCCCUAGGGAAUCAGUUCCCAGCUCUUGAGGAGAGGAGCAGGGAGGCCUCGGUGGGUAAUGAAACACCGACCUUAGCGUCGUUCGUGGUAAUUGUGCUCCUGAUGGGUUUGGCGGCUGCCGGAUCAGCGUCCCCAGCCCACAUCCAUGCGAGCAUACUGGCAAGGCUCCUGGAGGCCCGGCGGGCCCACCUGCUCCUGGUCGGUUGUGGGGCAGGGAACUGAUUCGCUCAUUAGCGGGGCUCACUGAAGGGGCAGAACCCAGCGAGACAGAUGCUGAGCCCAAGCCCCAAACUUGGUUAUUAGUAACUAAUUGCGGUUGGUGCAAACAGAAAGAAAUGAGCCGCUCCAGACGCUGUCCCUUCUCCGCUAGUCUUUUGGGGAGCUGCCAGGACCCAAAAAGCCUCACUGUGUUCAGAGAUGCAAGGGGGCACCUGGGAGUCCCCAGGGAAGAGGGACGGAGUUACACUCAUGGGUGCCUCCCCUGCCCCAGUACAUUUUAUUAACAGGGCAGCUGUACACAUCUGUUUUAAAGGCUGUUUUAUUUCCCCACGUUUUCUGCCCUGAGAUGUCUCGUUCCCACUGAGGUAGCUGACCCUGGAGGCUGUGGGCGCUGCAGUUUUGUUUUCAUUGUUCUCACUUGUGAUACUAACUGUUGGUUUUCUCCCCCCAUGCCAAGAGCAUGUGCCCUUUCCUGCUGCCCUCCCUCCUGCUCUCUGUGUGGUGGCUCCUAUUAACUUCUUUUUGGCUUUUGAGUUUUUCCCAAUUGCUCUGGUGGUUUGGGUCCCUCCCCUGGUGUACGGGGCCAGUCUGCCUCUGGGUCUCCAAGCCUUCCGUCUUGGGCACUGCUAUCCCAGGAAGCUCAGUCCCAUUUCACCAACUCCUGGGUGCUGCUUUCCUUUGGCUACUGUUUGGCCGCGUCCCGGCACUGAGCAUGCCCGGAGAACUCUGCCCGCCCUUUGGGGAGGAGCCACGGGCCUGCCCGCUUCAAGGUGCCCCCAGGCUCUGCCACUUGGUCUCGCCUUCUGGGUGUGAGAGCUCCAUCACUAGCUCCUCCAUCUCAGGCCCUUGUCUAUUUCUGAGGACGAUCCGUAAGGCUCAGAACCUUCUGAAACAGUAUUCCCAGCAUGGUCUAGAUGGGAAAAAGGGGGGCUCUAACCUCAUUCCUCUGGAAGGUCACGAGCAUGAUUUCCGAGUUAAGCACCUGUCCGAGGCCCUGAACGACAAGCACGGGCCACUGGCCGGGAGAGAUGACAUGCUGGACGUGGAGACCGACGCCUACAUUCACUGCGUCAGUGCCUUUGUCAAGCUGGCCCAGAGCGAGUACCAGCUGCUGAUGGAUGUCAUCCCUGAGCACCAUCAGAAGAAGACCUUUGACUCUUUGAUACAGGACGCCCUGGACGGGCUGAUGCUUGAAGGGGAGAACAUUGUGGCUGCUGCCCGGAAGGCCAUCAUCCGACACGACUUCUCGGCCGUGCUCACCGUCUUCCCCAUCCUGCGGCACCUCAAGCAGACCAAGCCUGAGUUUGACCAGGUGCUCCAGGGGACGGCUGCCAGCACCAAGAACAAGCUGCCCAGCCUCAUCACCUCCAUGGAGACCGUGGGAGCCAAAGCGCUGGAGGACUUCGCUGACAACAUCAAGAACGACCCGGACAAGGAGUACAACAUGCCCAAGGAUGGCACUGUGCACGAGCUCACGAGCAACGCUAUCCUCUUCCUGCAGCAGCUCCUGGACUUCCAGGAGACGGCGGGCGCCAUGCUGGCCUCCCAAGUUCUUGGGGACACAUACAAUAUUCCUUUAGACCCUCGAGAGACCAGUUCCUCAGCCACCAGCUACAGCUCCGAGUUCAGCAAGCGCCUCCUGAGCACCUACAUCUGUAAAGUCCUGGGCAACCUGCAGCUGAACUUGCUGAGCAAGUCCAAGGUGUAUGAGGACCCGGCUCUGAGCGCCAUCUUCCUACACAACAACUACAACUACAUCCUCAAGGCCCUGGAGAAGUCUGAGCUGAUCCAGCUGGUGGCCGUGACCCAGAAGACUGCCGAGCGCUCCUACCGCGAGCACAUCGAGCAGCAGAUCCAGACUUACCAGCGCAGUUGGUUAAAGGUGACUGACUACAUUGCUGAGAAGAAUCUACCUGUGUUCCAGCCCGGAGUCAAGCUUCGGGACAAGGAGCGCCAGAUGAUCAAGGAGCGUUUUAAGGGCUUCAACGAUGGCCUAGAAGAAUUGUGCAAGAUACAGAAGGCCUGGGCUAUUCCCGACACGGAGCAGAGGGACAAGAUCCGCCAAGCCCAGAAAAACAUUGUUAAGGAGACCUACGGGGCCUUUCUGCACAGGUAUGGCAGCGUGCCCUUCACCAAGAAUCCUGAGAAGUACAUCAAGUAUCGUGUGGAGCAGGUGGGCGACAUGAUCGAUCGCCUCUUUGACACCUCCGCCUGAGCCGCCACCGCCCCUGCCUGGCUCUGCCAGACCAGCCAUGUUAUUGGACAGAUAAACCAGUGUUAACUUGCCUCUGGGCCCGGUGAGUGUGGCGUCCUUUGACACAGGGGUCUUUCUCCACCACCCCGACCAGGAGCCCUGUCCCUGAGCCCUCGGGUCCUGGUUUGCCCUUCCUCUCGCAGCCCCCAUUCCCCACACAAGCAGCUCUCUCCCGGAACUCUGGGGUUCCUCCACACCUUGGGUUUCAUGACCCUGACUGCAGCCCGCAGGGGCCACGUGACGGCUUCAAGGCAGGAAGGACAGAGAAGGAAGACAGAGGUCUGUGCCCUCAGCUGCCUCGUGUGGACAGGAGCGGGAGAGCAGAGCAAGCCCACCUCCGGGCCAGCUCGGAGUUGGGGAUGGAGAGCCCCCUUCAGCCCAGGCGUGAGGGCUGGGCUCGGAGGAGCAGGCCACGCUGCAGCCCCAGGGCCUGGAGAAGAGCAAGCAGGGUUGACCCGCGCUUGGAUUCAGUGCAGAGGACGCAUUCCCCGUCCCCGCAGUCCUGCGGUCUGGGGGGUUCUGCCCCCGAGGCAUCCCCCUGGUGGCUGGAGCAGGAGCGCUCUCUCCCCUGCCCUCUGAGGGCCAGCACUCGGCAGGACUUCACAGAAGGAGUUCUGACCACCCCGUGCCUGGAGCCAAGCAGCAGUGGUUGCAGAAGGAGCAGUUAGGCUGCGUGUGGGGACUGGGUGACCAGUGAACAAUCGUGAGACGAUCUGGGGCAGAGUGGGGGCCAGGGGCAUGAGAUGGGCCCCACCUACUUCGAUAAGAGUGAACAGCUGAGCUCAGUGAAGACAGACCCCUGAGGCGCCCUUGCACUGGGAUGAUGGGUUUAUUCCACACUCUUCGCUUGCAUGCUAACAGAAGGGAGAGCUCAGGGUGGCCUGGGGUCCUCCAGGCUUAGGGAAGAGAGUCGACCUCCCUCCCCCCUCUUUCCGGAGACCCUGUCACAGCCCAGCCCCUCAGGUCUGCAGCCCCAGGCCCUGCCCCUUACAGCCUGGGCCACCCACCGUGGGGGGCAGCCUCACCAGGGGCUGGGUCCGACUUGCAUGUCGCCCACAUCCAGAGCACAGCGAAGAUGAACUGGCUACACAGCACCCCUGCCACGUACACCAGGAAGACGAUGUGGUCAGCAGCCUCAGGCCAGCUCCUCCUGGACCCCUUUACUCCUCUGGAGGCUUCUGUGUGGGGAGAGGCAGGAAAAGGAGGUAUACUUCAGGGCUCACCUGACAUGCACGCUCUCCCGGAGCAGAAGGGCGAAUCCCAGGAGGUGCCAGUCUGUAUUUCUCCCUUCGUUAGAUUCACAGCUAAUGAAUGUUUGGGUCUGGCCCAUUCUCGGUCAUCUUGAGUUGAAAAAACGUCCCACAAGACAGGCUCUGCAAGGCAGAGGGUUAUCCCAGGGAGUCUGAGGUCACCCGGGCCUUUAGGCAGGCUGACCCUGCUCCCUGCUGCAGACCUGCAGCUUCCAGGGGCAGCCGUGGUAGAACCCAGGGACAGUGGAGCCAGCAGAGUGGACGCAGGAACCUCUAACCAGCCUGGUAACCCGCAACCCCAGCCUGCCAGCU